AUGGCAGCUGCCAGUGAAGCUGAGUCAUCGUGCGACAGCAGCGAUGAGGACUCCUUUCUGGACGACAUGGCUUUUCGUGUGGCCAGCAUGGAACCGGUAUCCCCUGAUCUCCUCCGGGCCACCCCGGCCUGGCAGGUGCUGCAAUCCUUCGGCGCAGCAUUGCGGUGGACCCCGACGGAUCUCUACGAGCGCAGCUUUCCUGUGAAGUUGAUCCAAACUUUCUGGAGCCACAGCUGGCAUGGCAACAACUACAUGAAGACGCUCUUGUUGCUCUUGCUUUACAAUGGCCCUGCUGCAGCGAUGGCUGCCACUAUCACAGCUUUGCUAAUGAUGUGCUUGCAGAUUGCUGGAUUCUUGCCAGGUGUCCUGCGAGUGAGCACCACACCGCUGGAUCGAGGUAGGGAGAUGGUCCUUGGCCCGUGGUGCACGCUGAGCGCAGGGCUUGUUCUUGUAGUUGUUCUCCUGCUGUGGAAGUCCAGGUGCCUCGUCUUCUUCGACCAAAUAUGUAUCGAUCAGCAGAAUCCACACCAAAAAAAUCGUGGAAUCAUCGGCAUUGGUGCGAUUGUGAAGUACUCCCAGCGUUUUCUGCUUGUUUGGGACUGCACUUAUGUUGGGCGCUUGUGGUGCCUGUUAGAGCUCGCAGCGUUCCUGAAAAGUCAUGAACAGCCAGAGAAGAAAGUUAUUAUCCGGCUCUCAGCUAUGGCUCCCUGCAUUUUGGGAGUUGGGUUUGCCCUCUGGGCUUCAAUGUUGCAGGUUUUGUUCAUGGAGCGAUCUGCUUUGGACACUCUGGUCCUUGUGCUGUCACGAUGGGUCUUUUUAUACAUGGCGGCAUCCUACAUGCGUGAUCAUUUUCGUAAUACGGAGCUUUUGCUCAAACAGCUUUCCGACUUUACAAUCCGAGAUGCCUGUUGUCAUUGCUGCAACGACGGGGAGACUUGUUGUGCCGAUGUUUGUGAUCGUGCGAUUAUCGGACGAUGCAUUCAAAGCUGGCACGGGUCCGUCGAGGCCUUCGAGGUGACAAUAAGGACUCGCGUCAGGCAGAUGCUGUACCGCCAGUUGGGAGGAUUGCUGUUUCCGUAUGGUUGGCAAGUCCUUGGCGCUUUGCCUCUGUUCUGGAGCUUCGCGGAUUUAAGUGCUGCGCGUGCCCGGGAUGGACAUUGGAAGGUGGCUGCACUUGUGUUUUUGGCCGGCCUGACCUGGUGUCUCUUUCUGUUCCCAUUCGUCUUUCAAGCCACUUUACUCUUGGCAAAUUUCUUCCGCCGAAAGCCGAGCCGAGUUUGGCUGGACAGACUGAAAACCGCGGUGGUGGCCUUCGUGCUGACGGCGCUGUCUUUUGUUGGCCAGUGGACCUCCCGGCUUGUGGAGGAUGCUUUUUCGUCCGCUCUUUGGAUGAUAGGAUCCAUCAUACUGGCCAUGACAUCAUGGUUGGCGCUCCGGUAUCAGGCCAGACAAACGGAAGGGAUGGUGUCAACCAACGUUGUGGAGCACCUGGGAGGCGAGUCUGGCAAGCACUGGGAAGAUGAUUGUGUCGCUGAGCCUGAGAUCGUGUCAGUGUGA